AGCCACAGCCACAGCCAAAGCCAGAGCCAGAGAGUGAGAGACAACAGAAUGAUGCUUGAGUAGCGUUGCAGGCGUCGUCGCGAGCACACCGAAAAUGCCGCCAACGCCAGCCGAGGCAGCAGAGCUCGAGCUCGAAACGGACUACUGCCCAGUCGACAGCGAUCAUGACGAGCCGAUCACCUACAAGUCGGUGGACAGCGUGGCCGGCCAGCACCCGCACUCCACCCUCAGGGUCACCCUCGUCCAGCUGCUGAUCGCCCUGGGGACGUCGCUGUCGAUGCUGUCGCCGGGCAUGGCGCUGGGCUUUUCGGCGGUGGCGCUGCCCACGCUCGACGAGCUCGGCAUCCCUGGAAAGGUCGAGCCCUUCGACGAGAACACCGCCUCCUGGUUCGCUAGCAUCUCGAACAUCGCGACGCCGGUGGGGUGCCUGGCGUCAGCGUGGACCCUGGAGCGGCUCGGUCGCAAGUGGACGCUGGUGCUGCUGAACGUGCCGUGCGUGCUGGGCUGGGUGCUGCUCGCUUCGGCCGGCUCCCUCUGGCAGCUGUUCGCCGGCCGCGUCGGCACCGGACUGGCCGUCGGCCUCGCCAGCGCCGUCACCAACGUGUACAUGGCCGAGGUCGUCCAGCCGCACAUGCGCGGCCUCCUCCUCUGCUGGAACUCCAUCAGCAUCGCGCUCGGCAUCCUCAUCGUCUACGUUCUCGGUUCUGCGUUUCCGUGGCAGGUGGCCGCGUGGAGCGGUGCCGCGGCGGCGACGGUGGCGCUGCUGGUGAGCCUGGCGUUGCCCGAGAGCCCGGCGUGGCUGGUGGGUCGCGGCAGGCGUUCGCAGGCGGAGCGCUCGCUGGCGGCGCUGCGCGGCGGCGCCGGCCCCAACGUCAGGGUCGAGUUCGACGAGCUGCUCAGGGCGCAGCAGGGCAAGCCAGACUCCCAGGGCUGGCGCAACCUCUCCAAGGCUCUCAGGACGCCGCAGUUCUGGAAGCCGCUCCUCAUCCUCAACGUCUUCUUCUUUUUCCAGCAGGCCUCGGGCGUGUACGUGGUCAUCUUCUACGCGGUGGACGUGGUGCAGGAGGCUGGCGUGACGAUGGACAAGUACCUAGCGACGGUGUUGAUCGGCGUGGCGCGGCUCGUGGCGACGGCCGGCGUCAGCGUGGCCAUGAGCCGGUGCGGCCGCCGGCCGCUGGCCAUCGUCUCCGGCCUGGGGAUGGCGGCGUGCAUGUUGGCGCUGGCCGGGCACCUCCAGUUCGCAGAAGGCGCCGCGAGCUGGGUGCCGGCGACGGCGGUGCUCGGCUACAUCCUGACGUCGACGCUGGGCCUGUUGACGCUGCCGUGGGUGAUGGUGGGCGAGUUGUUCCCGGCGGAUUUGCGCGGCGUCGGCGGCGGGCUGACCACGUGCAACGCCUACCUGAUCGGCUUCGUGGUGCUGAAGGCGUACCCUGCGAUGCGGCACGCGCUCUCCGCCGCCGGCCUCUUCCUCGUCUACGGCCUCGUGGCGCUGCUCAGCGCCGCCUUCACCCUCCUCUGGCUGCCCGAGACAGCCGGCAAGACCCUGGCGCAGGUCGAGCAGAACUUCGCCCGCCGCCGCGCCACCCCCAGACCCCCGCUGGCCAUCUGACGGCCCCCGCCGACCGACGCAUCCUGCCCUGAUCUCAGGUCGUGCCAAAGCCCAAAGCCCGCCCUCCGCUCUACACGACAACGACGACGACGACGACUUUUUAUUUUUUGUUCACUCGCGAGCGGGGCGCGGCGCCUUCCGUCGACGGCGUCGACCACUCGCACCGCAGCUGUUGUGUCUCCAGGUUGUGUCUUAUUCCAAAUCUCCUCACUCACUGUGCAGAGCUCUAUUUUUGUGAUACCAUACCGAGUUUUUAUCUACGUCAAUAAAAGCGAUAAGCAACUCUAUCAAUUCGGA